AAACCUUUUGUACUUUUCAGAAGAAUGUUGAUUUUGUGAAAGUAAAUUUACGAAAUAUGUUAGAUCCAGGAAUCAGUAGUUCUGAAUGGUCAAUGCAAAUAAACCUGAUCUGAAGUUCGAGUUGGAUCCCGAUUGUUAAUAUAUUUACAAAAACGGACAAACUUUUAUAUAAAUCUUGUGUUGAAGAAGGGUCCUAUCCUCGGGUGCUGAAGUGACAGUUCUCCAAAAUGGAUCCGGUUUAUCAGGAGAAACAUCGACAGUUUGUGGCGAGUAACAAUGGGUCAACAAUUCCGGAGAUAAUUGUAGCAGGCUUGUCCCUGCACCUGAGCCCUCUGUUGGUUGGGUUGAUCUCCCUGCUGCCCUGGUGGUCCAGCACUCUACCCUGGAGAACACUGGAACUCUUCAUCAUCCUCAUCCCACCCCUCCUCUCCCUUACUAUACUAGCAGAGAGCCCUGAGGUUCUAAACCUAAGUCUAGCCGUAGCGUCAAUUCUUGUCCUACUUGUAAUAAUUUCAAAGAAGAAAGGAUCGAGAGAUGUUAGAAGACUAUGGGAUUUUAAACUCACAGAGGAUGGUAUUCUCUGUUCUAUUCUCAACUUCAGAUCCUCCAUGCUUCUUGUCACCGCCAUCUGUAUCCUUGCGGUCGACUUUCCCGUUUUCCCGCGCAAAUUCGGGAAGACAGAGACUUAUGGAUACGGACUGAUGGAUUUAGGGGUUGGCGGAUUUGUAUUCGCGGCAGGGCUUACUUCAAGUGAAGGUCGGAGAAAGGAAUGCAGUUUAUUUAAAACAGUAAAAUCUUGCUUCCCUCUGCUUAUCCUGGGAGCGUUUAGACUAAUAGUGUUGAGUUGGACUGGAUAUCACACGAAUAUAACAGAAUACGGGAAACAUUGGAAUUUCUUUUUUACUCUGUUUUCAGUCAAGGUUCUCGGAAGUUUGGUGAUCCCAUUAAUUCCAGUUGAUCCGAAAGGAGUUUCUCUAUGGGUUAGUUCUGUGGUCCUCGCUGUUCUUUAUGAAGGGGUUCUCUCAUUUGGAUUAGUUGACUGGUUGGUGCUGGAUGGACCACGUGAAGGACUUCUGGACUCUAACAGGGAGGGGAUCUUCUCCGUGGCGGGGUUCCUCGCCAUCUACCUCGCAGGGGUGUCCUGGGCCAGGGGCAUCAUACACACUCCAUUCACAUUCACAACACUAGUAAAUGUACUGCAAGAUGUUAUUGUAUGGUCUAUACUAAUGUGGUUUUCUCUGCUCUACUCAACCACCUUCUUCCUCCCUCCCUCUAGAAGGUUCGCUAACUACACCUUCUUCACUUUUGUAAUUGCGUACAAUUUGAGCAUCCUCGCAGGGUUCAUGGUUAUAGAGGCCGCCAUUCUUGUCCUCGGGGAGUGGAGGAAUGGAAGUUCUGGAGAAAGUAAUAAGAAAAUGAAGAAGGAGAGAAAGGAAAAGAAAAGCAGACCAAUAAUACCAAAGAAGGAGGGAGCAGAAACAGAGGCUUCAAUCAGUUUUCCUCGGAGUUUGAAAGGAUUAAGAUCUCCAGAACUAUUCCAAGCAAUUUCAUAUAAUUCUCUUCCAUACUUUCUUCUAGCUAAUCUUCUAACAGGAUGUGUGAAUGGAUUGAUACCAACCCUUGAAGUUGAAGGAUGUCGAGCAGUUCUUAUUCUUCUCCUUUAUCUUCUUAUUCUGUCUAUCAUCUUCAUUAUUCUUCAUACUAGACGUAUCAAGCUUAUAGUUUUCUAUAAGAUUUUGCUAACCCCUUUUUCUUAUCAACCUAAUGGUGUAUUUCAGACUGAGAUUUUUUGGUCUAACAGAAUUCAUAUUGUUAAUCUUGUUGUUUUUAUACUGUUAAUUUGUUAUUUUGUACUCCUGUGAAUUUUAAUAUAUGUUUUGCAACCCGUUCAA